UCCUUUUUAGACAGGCGUCAGCUUUGGUGGCUCCUCUUCUCAAGUUUUGACCAGUUCCACACAUCGGCUGCCUGCUGUUCUUCAGACGUGGACAUCAGCUUGAAGAGGAACUUGAGGUUUCAUCUCGCAUCGGUUUAAUUACGACAAAAUGCCUGGACCAGCAGCAAGUGCAACCAAUGUUGGGGCGUCGAGCCGUUCCCCCAGUAAGACGGUGGCUCCCCGCACAGCAGGCUCCACAGUCCGACAGAGAAAAGCCACCAGCAGCGGUACACGCAGCAGCGGCCGGACUACGAGCUCGGCGGGUACAGGCGGCAUGUGGCGCUUCUACACUGAAGACUCGCCAGGUCUCAAAGUUGGGCCGGUGCCAGUGCUGGUGAUGAGUCUGCUGUUCAUCGCCUCCGUCUUCAUGCUUCACAUCUGGGGGAAGUACACCCGCUCUUAAACCCGGUGACCUGUGACCCCGCGCCUCGGCUUCUUAACUCUUUGGACCUGGACCAAACAGCAGAUGAACAACAAGCAGUUCCCCUCUAUCACUACUACACACCAAUUGGAUUUUUGUGUCUAUAUCCGUACACGACUUUGGCAACCGCCUCGUUGCUUCCUCCCAUCACUCCGCGUUUUACGUGCGAUGGGGCUGAAAGGGGGGAAGAAGCCGCGCAGACCCACCUAAGCUGUGCUUUCUGUGCGUCGCCCUCCCUCCAAGUGGCAGCGUGUCUCUCUCUUCAGCUGCCUUCAGGACGUUGUUGUUUUCAGGCCCCCAGCAUACAUUUCUCCUUGUAGCCUGAAUUAAUUUUUUUUGUUAACAGCAUUUGUACAAAAUAUGAUUGUAAUAUUGUACAAUAAAAAGUG